AUGUCGGUCGAACUCAAUCCCCCUGAGUUGGGCUUCAAGCGCCCCUUCAACGAGGAGCGAGCCGUGAGCCUCCAGCUUACCAACAGCACCGCUGAGUCCGUUGCCUUCAAGGUCAAGACAACCGCGCCGAAGCAAUACUGCGUACGCCCUAACUCUGGCAUCAUCCGGCCGCACGACCAUGUCGAGGUCCAGGUCCUCCUUCAAGCGAUGAAAGAAGAACCCCCUCUGGACUAUAAGUGUCGCGACAAGUUCCUCGUCCAAUCCGUUGCCCUCGAUAGUUCUCACAACCCCGACGACGGCCUCACCACCCUGUGGUCUGCAAUUGAGAAGACCUCCAAGAGCAGUAUCCAGGAGAAGAAGAUUCGCGUCAACUUCCUGGCCCCUGGCGCACCCACACCCAAUGGCGUUUCCUCCGAGAUGGAGGAGAAGCCCCCCUCAUACACUGCCACGUCUCCCUCUCCGCAAUUCGACUCUCCUGCUCCCCAGAAGUCGACCGUUGGCGACUCUGCGCGCUCCGCCGCCGAGGCCACUGGUGUCGCCGGCGCUGCCGCCGCUGUGUCCAGCGCCAUCCCAACGAGCCAAGAAGAGCUCAAGUCUCAACUGGCUGCCGCCCAGGCUCAGAUUGCCAAGCUCACUCAAGACAUGAAGGAUCCCGCUGUACGACAGCGCAAGGCUGCUCAAGCCGAAGAAAAGGUCCAGACCGUGGUUCAACAAAGUCAGAGUGGAGGUGUGCCGUUGCAUAUUGUGGCUGCCUUGUGCCUCUUCAGCUUCUUGGUGGCGUGGUUGUUCUUCUAG